CUGAUUGCGAAGCGAGAGGGACUAGAUUUCGGUUGUGGUUGGUCUCGGGUUUUUUUUCGGUAAAAGCCGCCCGGAAGUAGCGCUUCGGACAAGCUAGGCAGGAAAACAACCAAAACGGCCAAGUUAGAAGGGCGACUGGGCUUCCUCCAGGCUACCUGAGCCAUGGCGGGCACGGCGCUCAAGCGCUUAAUGGCGGAGUACAAGCAGUUGACUUUGAAUCCUCCUGAAGGCAUAGUAGCAGGGCCUAUGAAUGAAGAAAAUUUCUUUGAGUGGGAAGCUUUGAUAAUGGGUCCAGAAGACACAUGUUUUGAGUAUGGAGUUUUUCCUGCUAUUCUGAGUUUUCCUCUUGAUUAUCCUUUAAGUCCUCCAAAGAUGAGGUUCACAUGUGAAAUGUUUCAUCCCAACAUUUAUCCAGAUGGGAGAGUUUGCAUUUCCAUUCUCCAUGCUCCUGGAGAUGAUCCAAUGGGCUAUGAGAGCAGUGCAGAACGAUGGAGUCCUGUGCAAAGUGUGGAGAAAAUCCUCUUGUCAGUGGUUAGCAUGCUAGCAGAACCAAAUGAUGAAAGUGGAGCCAAUGUGGAUGCUUCUAAAAUGUGGCGAGAAGACAGAGAACAGUUCAACAAAAUAGCCAAACAAAUUGUCCAGAAAUCACUUGGUCUUUAAAAAAAUCAAACAAAACAUCUGAAACUCUUGACAAUCUUCCUGUUGAACAUUUUAUAGACAGAGGCUGAUUGCAGAACUCUGAAUUGGUACCAAAAAACAAAUCUUGCAAAACUGUUCGUGAAUUUUUGCUCCUCCCUGUAUAUAAGCAUGCAUCGAUCUUUUUACACUUUGGAAGAAAAAUAUUUCUCAAUUUAAGACAUACCAGUAGAUGGGAUGCAAGUACUAUAGAGCUGUAAUCAGUUUCUAUUCGUAAAAACUUAAGUCACUGCAGUUACAUCUGUAAUAUCAUAUUACCUUUCAUCACAGUGCCAUUCACCCUUGGGAGGAGUAGGAUUGAGAUGAUCUGUGAAUAUCUUACUACUUAGAAAAGUAUUGAAAUAUUGUUAGUGGAAGCUAUGUGUCACCAAUGAGAAUUAUCCUUUUAAGGAUUAUUUACAUAAUUUAAUUUCACUAAAAAAAAAAGAAUGUUGACCAUCAAAAUGUUAACAAUAAAGUGAACUAUAUUUGUCCUGGGGAAGAAGUGGUCAGUGUAAUCUUACUUUCUAUUAUAGCAUUCUGCUUGCCUAAAUUAAAAACAUUUUAUAUGAUUGGACAUGAAGAUAUUCUUUAUAACUUCUAUAAACUCAGUGUUAGUUGAACAAGCAUUAUUCAUUAAAAAUAUUUGAUUUCUCUGAUUGGAAGCCCCACCCAAGAUAUUUACAAGAAACAAUAAAGUGAUGUAUGGCAGAA